GUAGAUCGAAAACCUCAAAAAGUCCCAAGUUGAAUCCUUAAUUUCUCAAACAGGAAAUGGAAAACGAAGAUCCCUGGCUAGCCCUAGACAAGUUAUACCACAUUCUCUUCUGCUUUUCUUUGACCCUUGUCUCCUCCACCUUGGCCAACCUAACUGGCAAUCCCUUCCUUCGGCGCUACUCCAUUUCUCUCGGAUCCAUCGCCUCCCUCCUCGCCGGCGCGGCCAAAGAGGCCGUCGACGAGCUCGGAUUCUUCAGGUCUGCAGGAGCCUCCGGAAAAGACGCCGUCGCCGAUGUCCUCGGCGUACUCCUCGCUGCGCUUGGUCUCUCUCUGCUCAGGCAUUCGUCUCGACUCAAUCGCGAAAUGGAUCAGGCUCAGGCACGAGGGCUUUCUCUGGUCUGAAUUGGUAAUUUUGUCACGAUUUUUUCGCUCGGUUCUCGAAUCUGUUUGGAUGCUGAGAAAGUUCGCGUUGACUGCGGGAUUCGGAGCAAUGAUAAAGAGGAAUAGCGAGUCUCUUCAAAUUGGUUCACUGAAAAGUUACUCGGUUUAGUUUGGCUUGACAGCAGAGUAGACUCCUGCUCCGCAAAGUGCUCCAAGGAUCGGUGCAGUUAGGUAGACCCA